AUGGCUUUCAUGGUGAAGUCGGUGGUGGGUGGGCAGCUGAAGAACCUGACGGGGGGUCUCGGAGGAGGAGAGGAGAAAGGGGAGAGCGAGAAGACCCCGGCGGAGGCCCACGGAAUGACGAGGGAGGAGUACGAAGAGUACCAGAAGCAGCUGGUGGAGGAAAAAAUGGAGCGAGAUGCCCAGUUUGCACAACGGAAAGCCGAGAGGGCAACGCUGCGGACCCACUUCCGAGACAAAUACCGGCUGCCGAAGAACGAGACCGACGACAACCAGAUCCAACUGGUGGGGGGCGACGUGGAACUCCCCAAAGAGCUGGCCAAGAUGAUCGAGCAGGAUAACGAAGAAGAAGAAGAAAGGGACUCUGUUAUCGGACAGCUCACCAAUAUCCAAACUCUGGACCUCGAUUCCCUGAAGGAUAAGGCCCAGGCGACGCUGGAUGACCUGAAGCAAUCAGCAGAGAAGUGUAUCCUGAUGUGA